CCCCCCCCCUUUCUCUCUCUACGCGCAGAUUCCUGAAGUCCUAGCCUUUCUCCCUCGGUGACCCCGUGGCCCCAUCAUUGUCGUCGCCGACUCCCCGUCGUCGACUCCCCGUCGUCCUCAGAAACCAUCUUCUCUCUGCCGAUCGAAGCUCAGUUCCUCGUGGCCGUCGUCUUCCACUUUUUCAAGGUAAUUUGAGGUCAUGGUGGGCUGGCAGAGACACAUACAAUUUGUACUUCAUCGCUUUGGGAAAAGAGUGGAAUAUAAUUACAAUGCAUCUGCCAACUUUUCCUUGGUUCGCUUGGAAUCCUCCACUUUUACAAGUGAGUUACCUUAUUUGCAGAGACCAUGGAGACCACCUUCUGCAAACAUCUCAAGGCCUUUGUAUCAAUUUUUUCAACAAUUGGGAAUUUCUAGUUCUAGGAAGUUACUAGCAGAUUUGUCUGAAGAAUCAGCCAUCCCAUCUCCAUUGACUCCUGUGUUGGCAUUAAAUAGUGGAAAAAGUGAUGACCAGAACCAGAAAGCAGUCUCUAAACCUUCUAAGGUUCAAGCUGUCUUAAAGGGCAUUAAACAGAGUCCAAAGAAGGUCAACUUGGUUGCUGCUUUAGUUCGUGGCAUGCGAGUUGAAGAUGCAUUGUUGCAGUUGCAAGUGACAGUAAAGCGAGCUGCAAAAACUGUAUAUCAAGUUAUUCACUCAGCCCGAGCAAAUGCAACACAUAACUAUGGACUGGAUCCAGAUCGUCUCCUCGUUGCUGAGUCAUUUGUUGGGAAAGGAUUAUUUAAAAAGAGGGUUUCCUACCAUGCUAAAGGAAAAUGUGGAAUCAAAGUGAGACCCGAGUGCCGACUGACAGUAGUAGUAAGGGAGAUGACUGCUGAAGAGGAGGCUGAGAUAGCCAGACUCAGAGUCCACAAUUUCCGCAGGCUCACUAAGCGAGAAAGGCGGCUUGUACCUCAUAAGCUUAUUGAGACGACUCCAAUCUGGAAUCGCAAGGGCAAAGCUCGUGAACCAAGUGGCAUGGCUGCAUGAGCCAGCUUCACUCCCAUGUUUCAGAAUCUUACACACAGUUUUGUAGAAGUGCGGAGAGAUCUCUUCCAAUGCCUGCAUUCUAGUAGAAAUCAUCUUGUAGAAUGGAGGAGCAACCUUGUUUCAGUCUCAAGUAAUACUUGCUCUGAAACAGUUCUAUUUAAUAAAUUAGACCAAUCUCUUACUUUC